AUGGGUGGACAUAGGUUCACACAAGUCACUGUGCUCAUGUUAAGCGCCGUUCGUGCCUUCGGGUAUCUCUGCAUUAUCAGUAGUGCUUAUCUCCAUUUAGGGAAUGUCGGAACGUGCUUAACCCAUCUGUCAGCCCUAACCAAAUGCCUCUCUGAUGCUGACUGCCCAGAAACGAAGUGCUGCCAUCGUCAGCGUCACCACGGAGGCUUCGGGAUCUGCGCCUACGUCUGCAAUGACAUCGGCACUGCGUCGACCGUUCCUUUCGACAAACCCGUGGGCAGCUACCGAGGUGGCGACUUCUGGAAGCUUUGGGCCCAUAAACGCCACGUCACGUUUCCGCACAGACACAAAAGGCAAUGGUAG